AUCGUUGACCACUUCCAGUAAAGCCUGAGGCAGUAGAAGGUGGUUGAUAGGAUCACGCACCCUGCUCCUUUCAUACUCCUUGCGAGACUCCGAAAACAACUUGGCAUUGGAGAUGGAUAUUCCGCAGAAGGGCGGCAAGUAUGAAGGCAUGCGGGAGACGUUCAUCCAAAUCAUAGGCACCUGCACUUCACAGGAGUUGAGGGUGCAGGAGGAGGGUCUGACCGUGGUGCCCGAGUGCACGUCAAACACUUUGGACACCAGCGUCCUCUUGUGCGGGGGUCCCUCCACGAGGAAGAGGGAACACCUGUCGGCGUCCACCAGGAUGCACGCGUUGAUUAGGAUCUUAUAGCUCAGGUUGGUCAGGUCCAGGUCGUUGGAGAUGUCCUUGACCAGUUCUAAGAAAAACUCCCUCUCGUUGGUCUCCCGGAGGCGACACUUGUGGUCGGUGGCGGUGGAGGCGUAUUGUGGCACGUUGACUCUGGAUUCGAGCAGAGCGCUGAGAAUGUGCGCCGUGGUGGGAGGCAGCGAGCUGGCUUUACGCAAGAGUGCGCGUCGCCUCAUGCUGGACUGGGGAUCCUGCUGGCUGAAACUGGCGUGCUCGUCGUAGGUCCGGUGCGCCGUGGUGGCUUUGGACCGGGCGAAGUUGCGCCGAAGCUCCAUGUGAGACGACCUGCGUCGGAGAGCGUCCGGAUUGGCCGGCCACAGAGAAGGCUCCGUCGUGGCCGUGGCCGUGGCACCGCCGCCGCCGCAGCCGCCGCCGCGUCUCACAUCGGCCGCGGUCACUUUCGGAGCCUGGUGCUCCCUCAGCCACCUGCUAAUAUGCUCACAUUUGGCCUUACGGACCAGAUACUCCUCGAAGAGUUCCGGGUGGCAGUCUAAAAACGCUUCGACAUCAGAAUAGUCCGAAGUCAUCUUGGUGGGAUGGAGGUUCUGAGGAGCAAACUGCAUGCGCGCUCCAAUGCUGCUGGAACAUGAGUGAAGCUGCACGGUGGGCUGAGGCUGUGCUGUCCUCCUAACAUGAAUCCAUUCAUUACCCAUGUGAACGCCAUCUUCUGAACAACACAGUGGGAGGGGAGCAGAGAGCGGCUACAGGUGGAGAGGACUUUGAUGCCACAGUUGUUUGGUCGAUCUGGACUCUUCGGAUCCAGGCCCUUCUUUCUUUAACCACCUCCUGCUGCACUGUUAAGAAACGCUAUCCGUCAACUGGACAAGGUGGACUGGCUGCUCGUACCUGUGAAGUUUUUGCAAUCAGAUGGAGUCCUCCGCAGUCAACAACAGCGUCAGGCAAACUGUGAGUCACUCUUACAUCAGUGAUGUCACAAAGAAAAGUGAUGCACCCCUCAGUGAUCAGCUCGUUCCAAAACCCACAGAUGUAAAUGUAGUGGAGAAAGCAGCAAAGACUGCGAUUCCAAGAGAACAUCCCUAUGCCUCCCACAUCUCCCGCUUUGAGAUGUUCCCAUCCUUCCGGUCAUCCGGCGAUCGUCGAACGGGAUUUAGGCCGGCCCUGUUCCCUUUUAUCAGCCCCAUCGUCCCAACUACACCGAAGGUUACUGUACUCAGCAAAACAAAAGGUGGUCCAUACAGGCAUGAGAUUUUGGAGACACCAACAAGGGCAAAAACAGCCAAGUGGCCAGGAGAGAUUAGCUACACAGACCGUCCAAAGCCCGUCAGGGGAGUACGGCACGCCUUGUACGCGGCUCCCACAAAGGCGGUUCUGCCCAACCCCCAAAUUUGUGACGGGGAUUUGACGGCUUCUGACUGGACAAGUAACAUGUUGAGGAGUAUGGAUAGGAUGCAUUGGAUCACUUCUUAUCAGAUGCACUACCAAGGGGUGCAGCAAGCUUGUAAAAUGAAUGACUUCAGGGAAAAAAUGAGUGAGCCCACUGGGAGGACUUCGCAUUCUGCACCGCUGGGAACAGAGAGGGAUCGGUCUGUUUAUGUGCUGGUUCCUUCGAAACUGAGACAGAGAAGAAGACAGGGGAGAAACAACAAGAGCACUUACGCCGACAUGUUUUCACCGGCUACUAACCAAGGCGCUACUUCCGCGAGGAUCCAACGUAUCUGUCCCAUGUGUCAAUGCAAUACAACAACGGAUCCACAGAACGUGGUUUCGGAUCCCUCACGCGCCGUGAGUGAUGGGACCGAAGCCACCGAGUCAAAUCAAGCGGAGAGCAAGGAGGCAGCCAAAGUGCAUUUUGAUGAAAACCUCACGAGGCCUCCCGCGUCGACAAACGAACAAGGCGACCGACGCAAACCGUCACGGCUUCGUGUGCUGCCCGGCAUCGCACCUGCGGGAAAAGCUGCCAACACGAGGGCGGGUGCGGGUGAUGGCCUUCUGGGUCUGCAAGGCAAUUAUUCCAGGACAAACGCCCAUCACAACUUUAACAGCUCCGUCAAAUAUGCUUCUGUGGACUUGAGGGACAAUAUUUUCACCGGCAAGAAACAUAACUUCUAUGGCCUCAACUGUAACAUCAUCCACUGACAAUGUGGUCAGCCGCCGUUAUGUUGAAUUCUCGGCAAAAUGUACUAAACUUUGACUUGAAAUAUUGAACAGUAAACAAGAGAAGAAAAAAAACCUGAUUUCGAAUGUGAAAGUAAAAGGCAAACAUUCAGAAAGGAAAAGAAGGGCUUCAACCUUCAAACCGGCGCUUUGUGACACAACGUUCUUGAGGCCUGACCCUCAGCUUCGAAUGAUGUAACAUUCUUUUCAUUUUCAUUUUUUCUUUUCAGUUUUCAUUCAUUUAUGCUUUCAGAAUAGAAGGACAUUGACAUUUGACACACACACACACACACACACACACAAAACACAAACCGAUGUUUGCAGCUCUUCUUUUUUAAAACUUUUUACUGCUCUUUCCCUGACAGGAACUCGACGAUAAACGGGAUCACGCUGCCUCAUUUCUUUUAAAAUGCGUGCGCUUUCACGGGAUCUUUAUGCACAUUUACUUUUAUUGGCAGUCAUAAAACACAGUACAGAGACUCUGAUGCUCACCUGCAAUAAAUUUCAGGUUGCUUUGC